AUGGCGGCUAUGGCAUCUGGAAACACGUUCAAAAUGGCCCUCGAUAAGGGUGAGGGGUCAAGCCUUGGAUACUGGCAAAUGACACCGAGCGCCAACAUCUCACGGAUGCUGGCUCGCGUCCCCGGAUGUGAUUGGGUCUUGCUCGACUGUGAACACGGUGAUCUUGAUGAUAGAGACAUGCGCGAAUGCGUUCCUGCCAUUGCCUCUGCUGGAGCAUCACCAAUUGUUCGGAUCCCCAGCACUGAACCGUGGCUUAUCAAGCGCGCCCUUGAUGCCGGUGCACACGGCAUACUGGUUCCUCUGCUUCGAACUGCACAAGAAGCAAGAGAAAUCGUCAAGGCGGCGAAAUUCCCACCGAUGGGUAUCAGAGGGUUUGGCUCACCGUACGCCAUGGAUCGAUUCAACCCCAUGCCGACAUCAGACGAGUACCUGCAACAGGCUAAUGACAGCCUAUUGACCCUCGUUCAAAUCGAGACUCAGUCAGCGCUCGACAACUUGGAAGAGAUUGCGGCUGUUGAGGGCAUUGAUCUCUUGUUUGUAGGACCAUUCGAUCUCGGCAACAGCAUCGGCUAUCCCAUCAUUAAUGGCGAGAUCAAGCCAGAGUUACGCACAGCCAUCUACAAGGUUCUCGAAGUCAGCCACAAGUCAGGAAAGAAGUGUGGUAUCUACUCAGGUUCAGGAGAACGAGCCAAGGAGUUUAUCGAAGCCGGCUUUGACAUGGUCCAUGUCGGGUCAGACCACACAAUACUGGAGCUUGCCAUGAUCAAUGAAAUGCGCACUGCGCAAGGGAAAGCGGAUGGGGAGCGACGGCUCUCAUACUAA